UAAAGCCUUUAUUUCGCACUUUCCCUAUGAUAUUCCGUUGUCUUCGGUACGUUGGUUCGGUCGUGCACAAACCUGCGUGUUCAGCCGGGUUUGUACGAUGUUUAUUUGUGGGAGGAGGGCGGUGGAAACAGUGUCCAAGCCACCGGCCUAUCUGUCCUCUCAGUACGGUAACUCUGUUUCCCCCUCAACCCACCAAACAGCUUACCACAACCUUCCAAACCUUUUCAACUGCUGCAAGAGAAAGGACGUUUAGUUUACAAGACGAGGGAACGUGGAGAUACUUGAAGAGACUUGUCACAGAGGGACAAAAUGUGCUAGAAAAACUUCAGACAGGACAGGAGUCCGAAACGGAACACAGGAGACUGGCACAUAGAUGGGAGGAACUCAGACCAGUCGUGGAGAAGGUACAACAAGUGGAGAAGACACUGGGAGAGUUGGAAGAUGUUGGGAAACUGUUAGAAGGUUUGGAGGAUGGAGAGAAAGAAAUGAGAGAACUGGCUUUGCAGGAGAAGGAGGAGUAUGAAAAUGACAUGGAACAGUUGGAGGAUGAGAUCCUGACGUUGCUGGUUCCCGCGGACGAAGCCGAUGAAAACGACAUCAUCCUGGAGGUGGUGGCAGGGGUCGGAGGUCAGGAGGCCAUGUUGUUUACGUCGGACGUGUUUGAGAUGUACUGUCAGUACGCGGCGUACAAGAACUGGCACAUGCAGGUUCUCACAUCCGACCCCUCUACACUAGGUGGUCUGAGACAUGCCACUGCCAGCAUUAAGGGUCACAAUGCCUACAAACUGCUGAAGCUGGAGGCAGGGGUACACCGUGUACAGAGGGUGCCCAGGACAGAGAAGUCAGGCAGGGUCCACACCAGCACCAUGACUGUCGCAGUCUUACCUCAGCCUAAGGAGAUUGACAACACCUGGGCUAAAAGUGAAUUUAGAAUUGAGACUAAGAAAGCCAGCGGUGCAGGUGGACAACACGUCAACAAGACAGAAAGUGCUGUGAGGAUCGUACACAUCCCUACAGGAAUCGCUGUUGAGUGCCAACAGGAGCGUUCCCAGAUCCGUAACCGUGCCAUCGCCAUGCAGACCCUCCAGGCCAGACUGUACCAGAUCAAACUGGACCAGCAGCGAUCACAGCAGCAGCUGGCGCGACAACAGCAGAUGGGGACGGCAGGACGGUCAGAAAAAAUCCGGACAUACAAUUUCACCCAGGACAGAGUGACUGACCACAGGGCGGCAGGGGUUAACAUGUUUAACCUACAGGACUUUCUGACUGGUGGAGACAAACUGGACGAAAUGAUCCACACAGUACAGCAACAUCUGCAUAGAGAGGAAGUUCUGCUUAUUGUGGAGCAGGAUAGUAAACAACAACACAAGUCGUAAUAGUGAAGAAUUUGGUGUACAAAUUUUUGUGUCAAAUCAGUGACGAAUUUUAGAGAUAAAUGCCGGGACACAAACUUUUACUAAUACUAAACAAGCAAAACAAGUACACAAGUCAUAAUAGUGAAGAACUUGUUGUAAAAUCUUGCACUAGCAGGGUACAGCUUAGCCAUGACACAAUUCAGAAUAAAGAA